AUGUCGAAAGCAACUAAACGAAAACAUGUAGUAAAAGAGGUUCUACUGGAAUAUGUCCAGCCUACAGAGAAUCAGCGCAUAGUAAAGGUUUUAGGCAGUCCUGGAAAUAAUCUCCAUGAAGUAGAGACUGCAGAGGGCGAGAAGUUUUUAGCUAGCAUGCCCACAAAAUUCAGGAAGAACAUUUGGAUCAAGAGAGGAGAUUUUGUUAUUGUCGAUCCGAUUGUUGAAGGAGAAAAGGUAAAAGCUGAGAUAUCCUUUAUCAUCUAUAAGGAUCAUCAAAGACUACUAGAAAAAGAAGGCCUCUGGUAA